AUGAGACCUAUUCUUCUUUCCGGUCACGAACGUGCUCUGACCCAGAUCAAGUACAACCCCGAUGGCGAUCUUCUCUUCUCCGUAGCCAAGGACCAGCAGAUCUGUGUAUGGUUCGCACACAAUGGCGAGCGUCUGGGAACAUACAAGGGCCACAUCGGUGCCAUCUGGACCGUCGACUGCGAUCCCACAAGCACCAUGAUCGCCUCCGGCAGCGCCGACAACACCAUCAGACUCUGGGAGAUCAAGACCGGGCGCCUGCUCAAGACCUGGGAGUUCCCGACAGCCAUCAAGCGUGUCGAAUUCAGCCCCGACGGCAGACAACUACUCGGCGUGACGGAGAAGCGUAUGGGACACUUGGGAACGAUCGUUGUCCUGAACAUCAACCCCGACGUCGAUGCCGAGCAAAGCGACGAGAAGGAGCUGACCAUCGUUUGCGACGAGAGCAAGGCUACUGUCGCUGGUUGGAGUUAUCUGGCCAAGUACAUCCUGGCUGGACAUGAGGACGGCAGCGUGAGCAAGUACGACGCAAAGACCGGCGAGACACUCGAUAACCUGCCCGUUCACGAGCUCAACAUGCAGGUCACCGACCUGCAAUGGUCCACGGACCGCACCUACUUCAUCACCGCAUCUAAGGACAAGACGGCUCGCUUGAUCGCAGUUAGAGACCUCGAGAUUCUGAAGACCUUCCCCGCCGACACCCCUUUGAACAGCGCCACUAUCCUCCCCAAGAAGGACUUCGUCGUUCUGGGAGGUGGUCAGGCCGCUAUGGAUGUCACCACCACCUCUGCCCGCCAGGGUAAAUUCGAGGCCCGCUUCUACCACAAGAUCUUCGAGGAUGAGGUCGGUCGUGUCCGUGGUCACUUCGGUCCACUCAACACAGUCGCUGCCGACCCUACCGGCAAGGGCUACGCCAGUGGUGGUGAGGAUGGAUACGUGCGCGUUCACCACUUCGACAAGGGCUUCUUCGACUUCAAGUACGAGGUCGAGAGGGAGCUUGAGAGAAAGCUGGCGGCAUAG